GAGUUUAAAACGAGAUUAAAAGUAAUCAUCAAAUAACUCCUGUAGCCAGUCUCGAAAAAAAUUUUGUUGCAUUGAGUGCGUUGAACGAGGGACUUGAUAAUUUCGAAACCAAAUCCUGUGUGCUGUGAUAAUUUCCUAAUUUGUUUUUCUCAUCUGUUAGUAUGCAUUUUUAGUGAAAUUUUAAGAAGUGUUACCGAUGUAAUUAUUUGAAAAAUUGAAAAUGCGCGAGUGUUGAAGUGAAAUCAAUGAAAUCAUGCUACUUAAACUGUUAAAUCGAGAUGUCAAUUGAAGAACAAGAACAAUCAUGCGAAGAGUUCCACACACCUUCGAAGAUCGUCGAAUAUUAUUUGAUCAACGUCAAGGGCUACGUAGAUAUAUCAAUAUGCGUAGUUGGUUCGAUUCUCAAUCUGCUCAAUAUAAUCGUAUUCACAAGAAAAAAUAUGAUUUCACCGGUGAACAUGAUAUUCACUCAUUUAGCCUGGGCAGAUUUACUGAUGUUAUUACUUUUUAUUCCAUAUACGUGGUUUGAAUGUUUUGAAGAAUACACGAAUGGCGGAUGGACUUAUCAACAGACUUUCUGGUACAUAUGGUUGGGUAAUGUUCCGGCUAUUUUUUACUUCAUGUCGGUAUUCCUUACAGUGAUGUUAUCCGUAUGGAGACACAUAGCUAUAGUGCAUCCAUUGAAAGAACGACAAUGGUGCAGCAUGAAAAUGACCCGAAAUGUGGUCAUAGCCGGUUACUUGACUUCUGUUUUGCUUGGCAUACCGAUGUAUUUUUCGACUGGUAUCAAACACGUUGGUAAUAAUCAGACGCAAAUUUACAUACCUCAUGCCGUAGAAGAUUCCAACCUGUUCAUUAUUUCACGUAUAAUCAAUUCGGUGUUGUAUCAGUUACUGCCAGCUAUAGCGCUACCAAUAUUUAGUUACAAACUAAUAAUUGUGUUGCGCGCAAAAAAAGAACACCAGCAAUACCAAAAUCCGUCUACAGACAUCAACAAUAUAAGGAGCACAAGAACUCCCGAAAUGAGAAACAAAAGUGAUCGAUCAAUAGUCCUAUUGUUAACAGUGAUGGCAUUGCAUUUAAUUUCCAAACUUCCAGCAGGAAUAAUCGAUUUACUUUAUCUCACUUACGGCAGGGCCAAUAAAAUCGCUUGGGAAUGUUACUUCAACGUGAGUGUAAUAUUCGAAACCAUGUCAUGCGUCACUUUAUCCGUCACAUUUGUAAUAUAUUACACUAUGGGUAAUCAUUUUAGAAUUACGUUUAACUCUUUGUUCAUUAGGAAAAAAUGCGAGGAAAUUGAUACAGAUGUGGAAAGUGAGUAUUAAGUCAGUAUAAGUUAAGUGAAGACUUGAAAAAAUUGAUCAAUAAUUACAAAGUAAUGUUGAAAAUAAAAAAUAAAGCAAAUCGCCUCCUCGAGUCUCUCUCAUGGUCUCAUGUGGUCCCAAAUAAAUUUCAUCAAAAAAAAAAAAAAAAAAUUCAAAGAUAUCAAAAAAUGAAACCGCCUGCAUAUUUUUUUGAAAUUUAUGGCCACACACAUAAGUUAAUUAUUACAAAUCAGUCCUUAUUUCGAAGCUUGAAAUUUUCAACUUCCCUUCAAAAGCAAUCCAUGUGAUUUUUAACACGUAAAAAUAUUAUUGUAAAUAGAAAAUGGAAAUGAGUAUGUACCUAUAAUUAUUUAAAAUGUGUCAUGCACAAUUAAAUCUACUCUUAUUAAAGAGGGUAGGAACGAAAUUAAUUCAUUCUACUGUUUGAAUACUACAAUUUGAAAUUUUUCACAAUCCGAAAAUUUUACGAUUUAGGUAGAUAUUAUUGUAAAUAGAAAAUGGAAAUGAGUAUGUACCUAUAAUUAUUUAAAAUGUGUCAUGCACAAUUAAAUCUACUCUUAUUAAAGAGGGUAGGAACGAAAUUAAUUCAUUCUACUGUUUGAAUACUACAAUUUGAAAUUUUUCACAAUCCGAAAAUUUUACGAUUUAGGUAGAUUUCAUUUCUGUAGAUACAAAAGUUUAUUACCUACAAUAUAAAAAUUUUUCAA